UUCAUCCUCUCUCUUCCAAAACGAGGAUUUAGUUCAAGAAGUGCUAACACUUCUUCAACGUUUUAACCUUCGGAUCUAAGUUCCUGAGCUUUUUAGUUAGCUCACAAGAGUGGCCUACUGAAGCAGAAACUUUAUCCGGGACUGAUUUAUCGGAACAGUAUCCAUUGCUAGUCAGUGGUACUGCAGAUCCUGACCGGAAUACGGACAAGAAUAAUAGAACAUGGAAUUAAUAAACGGUAGUAUUUCACCCGAUGCUUCCAUGUUUUCUGCCGGCUCCAUGUACAGUGGUGGUACAGCUCCUGGCUACCUACCGAAUGGCGGAAUGCCUCCAACAUACAACGUUAAAGUUGAUGUAAAUGGUGGAUUAGAUUCUGAAGGAUACGAACCGCCAACAUAUGCCGAGGCAUUCCCUCCUUUGCCCUGUUCAAACUCACCCGAUCAACAUCAAGCAGAAACCACUAAACCUUGGCGAGGGAAGUCGACGACUGUGACCCAGGUGUUUAAAGUUCCUCUAGAGGAGCGUCGUUUUGCUCAACUAAAGGACAGUGUUCUUGGUGAUGAACAACAAGGAAUUUGCCGUGACAUAAUGAGUAAGACUGGAGCCGCCAUUGAAAUCAGCCUUGCUAAAGACCUUAGUCUAACUAUCAUGGUGACUGGAAAACAAGAUGCUGUUGCUCAAGCUCGUCGUAUGGUCCUUGCAAAACUCCAAACUCAGGCUCAAAUUGAGAUUCACAUUCCUCGUGAGCACCAUGGCUUCAUCUUAGGAAAAGGAGGAAAGACUCUACAGAACCUGGAACUGAAUACAGCCACCAAAAUCACUAUCACACGUGACUCUGACGUCAUYAGAAUUGUUGGGACCAAGGAAGGAGUGGAUAGAGCACGUCAUGAGAUUCAAGUUAUUUCUGAUGAACAGGCUAAGCUAGCUUUUGAAAGACUUGCCAUYCCAAAGACCUUUCAUCCAUUCAUCUGUGGGCCUAAUAAUGAUAUUGUUAAGAAGAUUAUGGAACAGACAGGUGCAGUCAUCAACAUCCCUCCACCAUCCAUGCAGAAAGAUGAGAUGACUGUUGCUGGRGAAAAAGAAGGAGUUGCUGCAGCUGUAAAAAUGAUCACUGGCAUCUAUGAAGAAAAGAAACGCAAGACUACCACUGUAUCAAUUGAAGUGCGCAAAACCCAACACAAAUAUGUCAUUGGACCCAAACGYUCAACCAUUCAGGAAAUCCUCCAAUUAACAGGAGUGUCAGUUGAAGUGCCACAUCCUGAUAGUGACUCAGAGACCAUCACCUUGAGAGGCGAUCCUGACAAACUUGGCAUGGCUUUGACCCAGGUUUAUGAGAAGGCAAACAGUGUCAUCUUUGCUGAAGUUGAGGCUCCAAGAUGGCUGCAUCGAUUCAUCAUUGGACGUAAAGGACAAAACAUCAGAAAAAUAACUCAAGACUUGCCAAAGGUACAUGUUGAGUUCAGUGGUGAGAAAGAUGUGAUUGUCCUUGAUGGCCCACCAGAGGAGGUUGAAAGAGCCCGUGAAGCACUUGAAACCUUCAUAAGGGAACUGAUUGCAUCCAUGGCCUUUGCUGAAAUCCCUGUCGACCAGAAAUUUCAUCCUCACAUCAUUGGCAAGAAUGGUGUUAACGUGAUGCGCAUCAAAACUGAAACUGGAACCUCUAUCAUCAUCCCRCCCAACAAUGUCAAAAGCAACUGCAUCAGGAUCGAGGGCUCCCCACAGGGCGUUGAAGUUGCAAAGAAUGAAAUUCUAAUGAUGACCAAGAAAUUGGAAAAUGAAAAGACGAGAGAUGUGAUGAUUGAACAUAGAUUUCAUCGUACUAUUAUUGGAGCUAAAGGUGACCGCAUCAAGGAACUAAGAGACAAAUAUCCUGAGGUUCAAAUCUCUUUUCCUGAAUCAUCCCAGAAAAGUGAUGUUGUCUCCCUUCGUGGACCACGUGAAGAUGUUGAUAAAGUCUAUGCAUACCUUAAGAAACUGAAUGCUGAAUUGAUUGCUGCAAACUAUUGCCUUGAGGUGCCAAUCUUCAAACAAUUCCACAAGAACAUCAUUGGUAGAGGUGGCACCACCAUCAAAAAGAUUCGUGAAGAAACUGACACCAAGAUUGAGCUUCCUUCAGAAGGCAGUGACAGCGAUGUGAUUGUUAUUACUGGGCACAAAGCACAGGUCGAGGCUGCCAAAGACAAGAUCCUGGCUAUCCAGAAUGAAUUGGCUAAUGUUACACAAAUUGAGAUCCAAAUCCCUCCAAAAUAUCACAACUCCAUUAUUGGCGCWAAAGGAAGACUAAUUCGCUCAGUUAUGGAGGAAUGUGGUGGAGUAAGCAUCAAAUUCCCACCAGAAGGUAGCAAGAGUGACAAAGUAUUGAUUCGUGGACCUAAAGACGAUGUCGAGAAGGCUAAAAAACAACUUCUUGAACUGUCAAGUGAAAAAGAAAUCAGCGGUUUUACUGCUGAAAUUCGUGCCAAGCCUGAACACCAUCGUUUCCUGAUUGGUCGUGGCGGAGUCUCAAUCCGUAAAGUCCGUGAGGAAACUGGUGCAAGAAUUGUCUUCCCUGCUGCCAAAGACGAUGACAAGGAACUCAUUACUAUCAUUGGAAAGAAGGAGUCAGUUGAAUUAGCCAAGCAGCAGUUGUUGAAAUCCAUCAAAGAUCUGGACAACAUCUCAGAAGGUGAAGUCCAUGUUGAUCCUAAAUGGCAUAAACACUUUGUAGCCAAGCGUGGUGAAGUCCUUCAAGAGAUUGCUAAGGAAUACGGUGGCGUCGUGGUCAGUUUUCCACGAAGCGGUGUGAACUCCAACCGUGUUGUUCUUAAAGGGGCCAAAGACUGUGUAGAGGCUGCCAAGGCUCGAAUCCUUGAGAUAGUCCAUGACCUGGAAUCUAUGGUGACAAUUGAAGUUAAUAUCGCCCAAGAACACCAUAGGGCCAUUAUGGGUGCUAAAGGUGCCAAUGUACAGGAGGUUACUACUAGGCAUGGUGUCCAAAUCAAAUUUCCAGAUCGUGAUUCAGGUAAAGGGGCUGUCAAUGGUGAUGCCGAAGAUGGUGUCAACGGCGAUACACCACCAAGCCCCAGGAAAUCUGACAUCAUUGUAAUAACUGGAAAGAAAGAAGAUGCUGAAGCAGCUAAGGCAGACUUACUGGACCUGGUACCUAUCACAGAACAAAUCACAAUUCCUUUUGACUACCAUCGCUUCAUCAUUGGCAAUAAAGGAAGUAACGUCCGUCGUAUGAUGGAUGAAUACAGUGUGAACAUCGCUAUCCCACCAGCCAAAGACAAAUCUGACAUUGUCACUGUCGUGGGUUCCAAGUCCCACUUGGAGAGGGCCAUUGUGGCACUCAAAGAGAAGGUGUCUGAGAUAGAAGCUGAAAAUGAGGACCGGGCUCUUCGUGCGUUCAAGCUUGAGAUUGAAAUCGAUAGCAAGUACCAUCCUAAGAUCAUUGGUCGUAAAGGAGCUGUUGUCACCAGUAUUCGUACCGAGUAUGACGUUCAGAUCCAGUUUCCCAACAAGAAUGCCAAAGAGGACGAGAUGAACAAAAUCGUACUGACUGGUUAUGAGAAGAACUGUGAAAGAGCUCGGGACGCCAUUACAAAGAUCGUCCAGGAACUGGAAGACCAAGUGAGCGUUGGACUCUUCAUUGACCCACGUAUCCACAACAGGCUUAUUGGUACCAAGGGACGAACCAUUCGGAAAUUCAUGGAUCAAUACAAAGUUGACAUUCGCUUUCCUCGUGGCAAACCUAAUGACCCUGUCGUUAUAACUGGACUUGCACCCGAUGUCGAGGAAGCCAAGGAAAAACUUGAACUGUUGGAGGAAGAAUAUAUGCAGGAUGUUCGUCAAGAGAUCGAGGAGUUUGAUAUGAUCAGCUACUACAUGAACCCACCAAGCAAAACUCCUGCCAGCGAGCCUAAGUCAAGCUUCGUCGUGCGCGACGCUCCAUGGAGCAAUGCUCAGGGGGGCAACAAUUCAUCCCGUAAGCCACCACCACAGCAGCAACAGCAGCACCAAGCCCACUCACCCCUCUCACAGCCUCCUGAUACAUCAAAUGUUGACGACUUCCCUACUAUUGGAGCAGGGAGUGGUGCUCCCAAGAAUGUUGUCUGGGGACAACCUCGACACGGCCGUUAAAUCCAAGUAGUUACAAAACAUUUUCUUUAGUUUCAGUUGCUAAUAAUUCAAAAUAAUGGUGAUAGAAAUAUAGUAUUAGGAGUGAGGUACUGUUUCCUCGUUCCUUGCCGAGAUAUGAUUCAGAUAGCUACAAAACUUACUAUUACGUUUCAAUUCGUUAUUACCAAAAUGAUACUGACUUUGAAUUGUAUGUCCGUUAAAAACGUCAGUGGUGUAACUAUUUGGGUAAAGACCGUGUUUUAGUCCUCUCAGUGAACAGCAUUCAAAAAAUUCUUUCAAAAAACUCAAAGUUCCAUAACCUUUUUUCUGCAAGUAGUCAACCAUUUUACAAAUCAGCCAUUCACUGACCAUACUUAAUUAGUCGUAGUAAUAAAAUAAUAAUAUCUUAUCAAUAAUGAUAAGGCAUCGUCAUUGUAGGUAUGAAUGCCUCCCACUAAAUCCUCAUGACCACAGGAAGCCCGGUGUAAGGUUUUCUAGAUAGCAUUCAUAGCAACAUAUUGUCAUAGCAACAUAUUGUCCAAUCGGUGMCUCUUUCUAUUACACGGCUAUAUUUAAUGUCUUUAUGACCUUAAUUAGCUGUCAUGUCUUGUUUGUCAGAAAAUUAUUUUAAUGAUGAAACUAUCUUGACAAGACAAUAAACUUUUACAAAACGAA